UUUACGAAUAUUUAAUUGGUUUAAAACUCAAAUGUGAAUUUAUUAGCUAACAGAAUUUGUGAUUUAUUUGACAGAUUACGGAUUUACUCAUAAAUUAAAAUAAAAGUUUGUAAACAUUGACAACAAACUAAAAAUGCUUUUGAAUCCGAAAUAAAUAUUCUAAAUCAAAUUUGUUGAUAAACAUGAAAUAGUCGUAGAGGGUAUAAAAGCAGCAGUAAUAUAAUGCUGCAUAAUGCCCAAAAUUAUAGAACUUACAGUUGAAAUCGAAGUGCAAAGGGUGUCAUGUCCUGGAGUAUGGCUCUGUCAAGAUGGGCGUGUCUCCCUCACAGUAUUUGCCUUGGGCACCAGUUACCAGACCUGCUUGCUGCCUCCACUAUUUCCUCUCAUGUUCAAAGAUGUAUUCUACUUCCGCAAGAGAUUUCAGGAAACAUGUGCACUUAAUAAUAUUUGUUGUUUGUUGAAGGAUGAGACCAUCUACUGUGAACUGGUGCAGUGGAGUGAGGAUUGCAUGGCUGGUGAAUGUUCAAUCCUGGCUCAGUACCUGGGUGCUCUCAAUGACGUCCUGUUCCCUCCCAACAUGUGUUCUAAUGAUGGUGUAGACCUGCUCAUGAGGAGAUCUAAAGAGUUUCCAGGCAUCCUGUCGCCUAAAAUUGAGAUAGGAACGAAAGUGCGCAUUGAUGAAGUGUGGAAUCAGCCUUGCACUGGUCUGCCGAAGCCUGUUAGGUGCGGCUGCGGCACCAAGGAGAGCGAAGCGAGGCAGAAGCAAGUGUGUCAUACAGCCAAGUAUCACAGAAACAAAUGUAACACAUCAAAGCGUCCGCAGUCGCGCUCGGGGUCCCGUUCAAGAUCCGGCGGAUCAAGGUCUUGCUGCAGCCUCAACGUGGUGGAACCUGAACCAGUCACUUGCAAGUGUCCCAAUCCAGUGACGAAGUCGCGCGCGUCACUGUUCCGCUCGCCGCGCGGGAGUGCGUCGCGGCGCUCGCGCAAGUGUCGCGAGUACAGCGUGUACCGCGUGCACACGCCACACGCGCCGUGGCGACAGCAGGACAUUGUGCGCCCGCGCAUUGAUAGUGAAUGUGAUGACGUGCCGAGAUAUAAUCAUGAAACGGAAAAAGUCGACGAAAGCCCAUUCCCAGAUCGUUUGCAGAAAAUCAUUCUUGAAAGUAGGUACAUAGACAACGACGGGUACGUUCAUAAGCCCACAGAAAGAGUUAGCAAAGUGAGCAGAGGUAAAAUAACACCGUGCGUGUGCGAAAUAUGCAGGAGAUAUCACGAAUUAUUUCAUAGAGAUUUAAACUCAAACAGUUGAUGAAUACUACUACAUUCUAAAUUUAAAAUUAUAGUUUAUUUUAAUAUGGAUCAAAUGUUGUUUAUGGAUUAAUAUCGAUUUAAUUUCAAAUCGAUUCUUUAAAGUUCUAAUGUCAAAAUCGAUUAUGUUUUUCACAUAUCAUUUAUUCAAACAUGCAUUCUAUUGUUUAUGUAAUCUAUAAUAGUCAACUUAAUAUUUUUAUGCAAUACUUUUGUACCUAAGUAUAAUAUUAAUUUAUGCGCUGUUAAAUAUUUUGUGUUCAUGUUGAAUAAUUUUAUUAAUAUAAAUCAUUGUUGUAAUUAGAGAAAUUAGAUGAAUAAAAAGCGAUAAAAAUCAU